CACCAUUUAAAACUACAAUACAACCAUACUUUAUUUCACUCUCACAUGAAAAUCACAAUAACACUAAAAAAUGGAAACAAGUGUUGUGAGGCAGAACAUGAUUUCAAUUUCAACACCAACUUCACCUCUCUGGAAGCUGAUCAAACACAAACCACAACAUCGACCUUGUGUGGUUGCAGUGCUCAGAAAUCCUUUAAGUGACAUUGCAGGAGCAGCAAGAAAAACUAUAGGAGAAUCUGAUUCUCCUAUGAAAACUAAUAUCUACAAGGAUAACUGGUUUGAUCGCUUAGCAAUAAACCAUCUAUCAAAAAGUGUUCAAGAAGCCACAGGAGUGAUUAACCAUAAGAGUGGGUAUGAGGGUCUGGUUGAAGCAGCUAAUGUGGCUAAACAUAAAUUUAGUCCUGUUCAGCAGCAAGAGGUUGUCAUUCAAGCUCUUGACAAAGCUUUUCCAAAGCCAAUACUAGAUUUGAUAAAGACACUGCUACCACCAUCUAAAUUUGCAAGGGAAUAUUAUGCCGUCUUCACCACUUUGUUCUUUGCUUGGUUGGUCGGACCAUCCGAGGUUAGAGAAUCGGAGGUCAACGGAAGAAGAGAAAAAAAUGUAGUCUACGUCAAAAAAUGCAGGUUUUUAGAGGCGACAAACUGUGUAGGAAUGUGUACUAAUAUCUGCAAAAUGCCAUCUCAAUCGUUUAUCAAGGACUCUCUUGGUAUGUCAUUCAACAUGGUCCCAAAUUUUGAUGACAUGAGUUGUGAGAUGAUAUUUGGGCAGGACCCUCCAGCAUUAGCUGAUGAUCCAGCACUGAAGCAACCUUGCUACAAACUAUGUAAGGCAUAUAAACAGCAUGGACCGAGCUGCCACGAUUAAUGCAGAGAGUAUGGAUGUUUGGGGAGAAUUGGUUUGACUAGAGAUUUGUUGUAGGCUUUGAGGUCAGCAAGGGUGGAACAAGUGUGUCUCCCACAUAUUGUGUGCUGCCAAAGUUCAGGCUCAUCAGCCAUAGUUUCUCUCAAUGAAGUGCUCCAACACACUCAGAACCAAUCAUUUGCAGGUGGAUUUCCAUCAUUUUACUAGUUUCAAAGUUCUUUCUUUUUGGUUUUUAAAUGUGUAAAAGCACAAGUGGCCAACCGGCUUAAGGUUUAUUUAUAAUUUUUUAUGAUAGGAAACUAGUCUUUCCAAUGUUUUCAGCCCUUUCCCAAUAAUAAUAGAACACUAAUAAGUAAGAAAGAAAAGGACACUUUCCUAGUAGUUUUCGGCUAUGUUUGUAUAUCAGUUGAAAUCAAUACAAAUAGAUGUUGGAACGCUCGAAA